AUGGUUGCUAUCAAGAGUCUCUUCAGCGCCCUCGUGGCCACCACCCUCAUAAGCAGCACCAGUGCCCUUCCAGUCCCUAACACUGUCAAAGACGUUGUGCACAAUCUCAACGCCGCCGCAAACAAGUACACCAACCUGGACAACGCAAUCAAGGCCUUCGAUGGACACCCUGCCCAGUACACCGCCAUCACCAAGAAGGAGGCUGCCGUUGAAGUAUCUCUUCAUCGCGCCAUCGACGCCGCUCAUGCCACCGCUCCUCUUUCCGACGAAGACAGCAAGUUUGUGAUGCAGGCUCUUGCGAAGCCUUACCCCACUUUCAUGGGUGAUCUGCUUGCUGAUAUCGUCGCCAAGGAAUCUCAGGUCAAAGAGAUUGGCAAGAGCGACGAUAUGCUGCGUAUUCUCAACAAUCUGAGUGUUCUCUCUUCCGAGCUUCCUAAUGCUCUUGAGAAGAUCGUGGAUGCUAAGGAUGCGGAGGAGAUUGACGGUGGAGAGAAGUGGGUUCAGGGAUUGUUUGCUGAUGCUAUCAAGGCUUACUCUCAGUGA